AUUAUGAUGCUUUAGCAAGAUUUUUAUUGACCUCUGAAGAAUACGAACAAAGUGAUGCUAUUGCAAACGUGAUUACUGAACAGUUCAAAUCAAAAAUUCUUGUUAGGACACGAGAAAAUGAAGAGGCCAUUGCUAUUGAAUCUUCUCGUCUUGCACAACUUCUUCAAAUGCAUAAAAGAUCUGAAAACAUGUCAGAAGAAACUUUACGUUACGUGUCCACAAGUCUGUCCAAUUUUGAGAGAAUUGAAACUUUAGCUAUUUUAUUAAAAGAGUCAAAACGAUACAACUUGGAUUUGGCACCAAAAUUUGUAUCUUGUCGUGGAGAGCUUAUUGAACUCUUGAUUAGCUCUGGAGUUGCAAGAUAUUUGGAAUUUAAAGCAAUGGAUAAGACUUAUAUCUAUUCUAUAGAUGCGUUUGAUAAGGUCCCAUGUUCUAAAGAAGACGUUUUUACCAACAAGUCUAUUUCUUUGGUUGAAAAACGCAAAUUGAUGAGAUUUUUAACUUUUGCGUUAGAUUAUACCAAUUCUCCAGAUAUAUAUAAGGACUAUGAAGAGAAAUCGUUUGUUACCUUACUUACUGAGAAAUUCAAAAUUGAUGGAAAAUUAUUGAUGGCUGUCUUAUACGCGAUUGCUUUGAUUCGUACCAAUGCAAAUGAUGUUAACACCAUACAAGGUUUGGAAAAAACACAGAGAUAUCUUAGAUCACUUGGUAGAUAUGGUAAUACUGCAUUUUUAGUUGGUUUAUAUGGUUGUGGUAGCGAAAUAGCACAAGGAUUUUGUAGAAUCUGUGCAGUAUAUGGUGGAAUUUAUAUGCUUGAUCAUUCAGUAAAAUACCUUUUGAUUGAUGAGGGCUCAAAUAAGUUCACAGGAUUAAUAGAUGUGAAUGAUCAACAAAUAUCAUCUACUUUCUUGGUCUCAUCUAUCGACUACCUUCCACCAGUAUUUUUCAAAGGCGACGAGUGUUGGGAAACAACGUCACGUGCGAUAGUGAUCAUAGAUAAAUUUAUACAUGAAGAAAACGGUGAUGCAUCAUUAACCAUUUACCCACCAGGAACAGUGAAAAAUAAAUAUCCUAUAACCGUGCUCCAAUUAUCUGCUGGAACGCAAACAUGCCCAGAAGACAGAU